AUGGAAGAAAGAAGAGGGUUGGGUGGGGAGAAAAAAAAGGACUUGGAUUAUGGGUUAAUGAUAAUAGACAGUAAAAUUUGUGUACCAUCAUCACAAAUAGCCCCAAAUUCAAAGCUUUACGACGUUCACUUUCGUCGUUUCGAUGAUCAACUCAACUCUCACCCCUUUCAAAAAUUCCAAUCCCUAACGUUUUUCUGUCGCUCCCAAUUAUUGCAUCGAAAAAACCCUAACUUCCCAAAUAAGCAAAAUCAGCGUGCUUCAAGAGCUUCACUUUUCGAUCUCCGACAUUCAAUUUUCUUCCCUUCUUGCAGAAUUAGGGUUACGAUUGCCUUGUUCAAUGGACUCAGACGUCGACGUUUCGCGGUGGGUCAUCGAGCUCCUUCUCCGGGACCGCGAAAAGGAUUGCAUUGCCAAGAGGGUCCUCGCAGUCGCACCCUUCUCGGACCAAGACUAUCGCUUGAAGAAGACGGUACUCCUCCGAACCAUCGAGUGCGAGGUAUACGAGCUUCGGUCUCCGAAACGAUCCUCGAAACGCUUGAAAUGAUUGAGGAUUUGGAUAUCAGAGAAGGCAUUUCCACCAUGGAAUCCAUGAAAGCCGCCUACUGCGCCGUCGCCACUGAGUGUACUGUCAAGUUCUUGGUGGGUUUUAUGGGAAAGCCUAGUGGAAAGUACUUGGAGGCCGUGGAUCGCAUUUGGAGAGGGAGGGUUGGGGUUUUGGAGCGGUCUGGGAGGAGCCAGCUGGUAUCGGCGGAGUUGAGGCAUCGAAUGGAUGAGGUCGAGGCAGGGGUUUGGGAUUUGAGAGUGUCGAAGAAGCUGUCGAGGAUGAACACGAGGAAUGAUGCGCUGAGGUUGCUUGCAGUUUAUGUGAAAGCAGCUUUGGCGUUGUUGGGACCUCCGUUUAUUACUUGGGCUAUUAGAUUGAAUGUGCCCAAGGAAGUUGCCGACUUGGAAGCUGAUCAGAUUACAGUGGCCAAUGAGGCUAAUGUUGGUUGUGGGUCUGAAGUGGAGGGGCAAAAGAAGAAGGGGGCUUAUGCGGGUGACAGGACUGAAUUGGAGGUACAAAUGGCGAAUGGGGAUAAUGUGGGGGCAGGUGUGUCUGAAUUGGAGAAUCAAAUGGCGAAUGGGGAUAAUGCGGGGGCAGGUGUGUCUGAAUUGGGGAGUCAAAUGGCGAAUAGGGCUAACGUGGGUGGUGAUGGUGGGUCUGAAUUGGAUGCUCAAAUGGCAAACCAGGCAAAUGUGGGGGUGCGUGGGUUGGAUUUAGAGGCUGAAACGGAGAAUGAGACUACUGUGGGUGGUCGGUCUGAUAUGGAGGUGCAAAUGGAGAAUGGGACUGAUGCGGGUGAUGGAUCUGAAUUGGGGGAGCAAAUGGUUAAUGGGACUAAUGUGGGUGACGGGGAUCAAUUGGAGGAGCAAACUAGGAAGGAGGCUAAUGUGACUGGUGACUCUGAAUUGGAAGCACAAAUGAUGAGUGGAGCUAGUCUGGUUGAUAGGUCCGAGCCAGAAUCACAAACUGUUAAUGGGACUAAUGAGGGUGUUCGGUCACAAAGGCAGGCACAAACUACGAAUAGAUCUAAUGUGGGCAGUCAGUCUGCAUUGGAAGAGCAACAAUUGAAUGCGAUAAAUUUCGGUGAGGAGUCUGAAUUGGGUCCGAUAUUAGUUGCCGUCCCAUUGAAGGAAGUUCGGGCAGGGAGCUCGCCUAGUCUGAAUGGGGAACUGGAUCUCAGUAUUGACCAUACCACGAAGGAUAAAGAAAAUCAAAGUGCUGUGCCUAGACACAAGCACCUUGCUCAUAGACGCACUAGAGGACCAAUUAGGAUUGGGGAUGCUGAAGAUUCAAGCACAGAGGUAUCAAAUAGGAAAAUUUGGUUCCCUUUCUUCCCCUGAAGUUAACAAAGCACAAGAAGCACUUAAAUCCAGUAUUUCGGAGCUCCAAGAAGUAGUGACUGAUCCACUUCCAGAUGCAUUACGAGUGUCUGAAACCAUAAGAUCUGGUUUGGCAGUGAGAUCUGCGAAUCAUGUAAAUGGAAAAGA